AUAUCAUUUCAGAUCAUAAUCAGUCGAAUUGGCUAAAUUACAUUAGCCUUUAACUUGUUUAAGAAGAUUGUUGAUGACGCUGGUUGGAGUCGAUGAAUUUUAGGAGAUCAUAACCUAUAAGAAGACUUUUGACUUGAAUGCUCAAAGUUAGGUAAUUCGUCGAGGAGACUCCGGCCAUGUUCACCACAGCAUCUUGGGAUUGAUGGUGAUAUCAGUUGUUUGUUUGCCAUCGCAAAGAGAAAUAGAAACCUUAUAUUUGAAAAAAAAUGGUUACCAUAGUCUUAGGGCAUAGGGCAAUCAUACCUUAUAAAAAGGGAAUUAGAUGGUAACUAUUUUUUAUAUGGUGUGAGUGCCCUAAGACUGGUAACCAGUUUUUAUCUUAACCAAAAAAUGAUAAUGUAUUUCUUUUAUCUUAACCAAGUACGUUACAAGGAUUUAUUUACAUAAUAACAGAAGAAUUUAGAGAGGAGAUAUUCUAGGAAUAUAUUGUAGAGAUAACAACAAGAAACAUAUGUACAUACCUAAGAUAUGUGAUAUUAUAAACUUAGAUAACUUCUCUUUCUCUUCUCCAAGAACGCCAAUAUAGAUAUCUUAGAGAGAUUUCCAGACCUGUGAAAGUUUGAGAAAAUGGCAGGUCUUCCUUUUCCUGGCGGUUCUAAAACCGAGAAAAUCCAUGCACAAGUAAGAUUUGAUUUCUUAGGGUUCAAGAAUCCUUUCCCACUAUUGACUACAACAAAUCUCUUUAUUCUCUCUUUUCUCUGUUUCAGUUUUAUGACAUAGUUGAGGAAUGCAUUGAAGACAACAUGAGCAAGGAUGAAACUGUGAGACAUCUAUGGGAUAAAUAUCUAAUCCCACAUGAAUAUACCAACAGAGGUAAACAACUCCUUCUCACCGAACCAUUAAUGGCCCGAGGAAAAAUCUAAUAUAAUUCAAAUCUUAAUAUACACUUUUCUAGUUUGGAAUCAUCUUGAAAGGACGAAUCCAGAUAGCAUACUAUGCAAUGAUCCGUUUGCGCAAUGCACAACGUACGCAAAUAGAACACACAUAUCUUUUCUUGUCACACAAGUUUCAACUUUCUCCUCUGUGCUUUGCUGAAUCUCAAACCUUGUGUUUUUUUUACAUUGGUUGUCUUUGCUCCAUCACAAGUGCCCAAGAAUCGGCUGCUUAUGCUAAUGUUCUAGAUAACCAAAGCCUUCAAGCCUCUCAGCAGCCAGCUUAUCCGAGUAAUUAAACUACUAUUCUCAACUUUCCUCUCUGUUUCUUCAUUGUACCUUUCCUGAAGCUUAAACAUUGUGUGUUUGUUUCUCUUUGCAGACGACUUUUGGCAGCGGUUUAUGAAUACCUUGGGCCAGAUUCAGAGUAAUACACAGCAUUUGGAUACUUUGGGUCACAUUCAGAGUAAUACCGAGCAGGUCGUCAAACUACUGACCGAUGGACAUGUAUUUGGACCACAUCCUUCGGCUGCGGGAUCCUCCAAGAGGCAGCGAGCUGAAGAGGCAGAAGAGAGAUGUAACAGUGAAGCAACAGCGAAGCUGCAUGAGAACGAGGAAGGUGAUGAAGAAGAACCAGAGAAACUGCACGAGAAAGAGAGACCACCAUGAAGAAAGAGAGAAGCUGCAACUUCCACAAUAAACUCAUGGACAGUCUCGACAUCCAUGAUUGAGAGAGAGAGUUGCGAAUUUUUUUAUUGUCAACCUAUACACUACUACUAGCUACGCUGUUAUAGAAACAUUGAGGAGAAAUUUAUCUUUUUUCUGGUUAGACACAAUUGUUUGUGAUGCUUAUUCCUAUAACAAUAAAACCAAAAGAGAAGUGCAGAAAUAAAAAAAGAAUGAUGUAAUGAGAAGAAAGCAUAAGGCUGAGGAACUUGUUCAGCUAGGACUUCCAUUUCCCAGGAGUUUCUUCCAGAUUUCUGUAAUGCUCCGACCGCCCAAGGCUAAUGGGCUAUCCACACCCGCUCACUCGGUCUGUGAGUCCCAUCAUGUUCCAACGGUCAGUGUAUUAAUUUUCCAAAGGCCGAAAGUCUUGUUUACUAACCCUGCAAUCACCACAUGAUUUUUCCCCGUGCUUUGAUCUCACUCACAUGCUAUCGCGAAUCACUUCCCAAUAGUUCAGCCAUCCUUUCAUUACUCCAACCUAAACACACUUAACUAUAGAGUUCUAAACGGAUGUGUGACGGAAAAGGUAAGUCAACUUUGGUGACAUAGGUAGCCAAAUCAAUUCUCUUAGGCCUUUCCACAUAUACCAAAAAUCGGGAUGUUGCAAUUCACCUCCACUCACAAACCGCAAAGUCCCUGUUGCGCACCAUGACAUGUCCUAAGACGCCUCUUGGGUCAGAACCGAGAUGACUAACCAGCUCUGACACCACUUCUAACGCCCCGACCGUCCACGGAUAAUGGACCACCCAUGCCUGCUCUCUCGGCCCAUAAGCCCAAUCCCGCUCCAACGGUCGGUCCGUUAAUUUUUCCAAGGCCCGAAAGUCUUGUUUACCUACAAUCACCACCCGACCUUUCUCCGUAGUUUGGCAUCACUCGCACGGUAUCGCAAAUCACUUCCCCAUAGAUCACUCAUCCUUUCACUACUCCAGCCCAAGAACACUAAACUCUAGAGUUCUAAACGGAUGUGUGACGGAAAAUGUAUGUAAACUUUGGUAACAUAGGUAACCAAAUCAAUUCUCUUAAGUCUUUACAUAUAUCACAACUCGGGAUGUUACAACUUAUAAAGCCUGACCGGCCACGGCUAGUGGGCCACCAAUGCCCGUUCUCUCGAUUCGUGGGCCUCAUCCCGUUCUAACGGUCGGUCCGUUAAUUUUUCCAAGGCCCAAAAAUUCUUAUUUACCAGUCCUGCAAUCACCACUCGACCUUUCCCCCGUGCUUUGGCCUCACUCGCAUGGUAUCGCGUAUAACUUCCCGAUAGAUAACUCAUCCUUUCACUACUCCAGUCCAAGCACGCUUAACUCUGAAGUUCUAAACGGAUGUGUGACAAAAAAUCUAAGUCAACUUUGAUGAUAUAAGUAUCCAAAUCAAUUCUCUUAAGCAUUUCCAUAUAUCACAAUUCAAGAUGUUACAAUUCACCCCCUCUCAAAGAACGCAACGUCCUCGUUGCGCCCCCCGACAGGUCUCAAAACACCUCUCGGGUCAGAAUCGAUAUGGCUAACAAGCUCUGAUACCACUAACGCUUCGACCGCCCAUGGCUAAUAGGCCACCCACCCCCGCUUACUCGGCCUGUGGUCCCUAUCCCGUUCUAACGGUUGGUGUGUUAAUUUUUCAAAGCCCAAAAAUCUUGUUUACUAACCCUGCAAUCACCCAUGAUCUUUCCCCGUACUUUGGCCUCACUCUUACGCUAUCGCGAAUCACUUCUUGAUAGGUCACCCAUCCUUUUACUACUCCAGCCCAAGCACGCUUAAGUCUGGAGUUCUUAACAGAUGUAUGACGGAAAAAGUAAGUCAAUUUUGGUGACAUGGGUAGCCAAAUCAAUUCUUUAAAUCUUUCCACAUGUACCAAAAAUCGAGAUGUUACAUUUUUGUUGUUGUUAUCGACAGAGCCUCCAGGGGUAGCACCGUGUGAGACAACCAUUUCUUCAUCGUUAAAUAUUUCCUCCUAUCAUUUUUUUUUGUUAAUAACAAUGGUCCUUCUGUUAACAAAGUCUUUUAUUAUAUUCUUGUGUUUAGUAAAUAACUAAGUGUUCUGUCCGCGUAUGCAGACAUAAAUAUUUUAAAAUUACUUAUUAAUACAUGCAUUACUAAUUAAAAGACUAAUGAUUAAUUAUUACAAUUCUUAUGUAUUAUAGUUUUUAAAAACAUAUUUUUGUACAUAUACUCACUAUAUAGAAAUAAAUCUUAAAAAUCACUCAAUAUUCUUUUUUCGAUUAUAUAAAAUUAAGAAUUUUACUUAUUUAUAUUUAUUUAUGUGUUUUGUGUCUUCAAAUUUUCUAACUUUUUAUGAAAAGGUUUUUCAGAUAACAACAAAAUAGCUCUUAAUAUUAAAAGAGGUACAUAACAUCAUUUUAUUUUCUAACUCAUUAGCUCUUAAUAUUAAAAGAGGUACAUAAAUAAUAAAAGAAAAUUGCAUCCUAUAGCUAUCAAAAAAAUUAUAAUUCAUUUGAUAGCUAAAAAACCUUAACUUUCAUCUACAAUACAUGUAUUUUAUGUAAUAAUGCUGUGUUACCCCUCAAUUCGACUUAUGUAACCUGCUGAGAAUUAUAUAUUAAAAUAAAUAUUAAAUAAAUCAUUUAAUAAAUUAUGGUUGCCGUUGAUGCACAUCUCUUUCUCAGUUUCUUUUCUUCUUCCUCUUCUUAUCAAAUCUAUGUUUCUUCUUCAUAUAUCCAUUGUCUCAAGGCGAGGGAGGAGCAAAGAUUUUGGACUUGUGAAAUUGAGUUUGGAGGAGAAGAUAGCACCGAAGAGAACGAGGUGACAUCGCGAUUUCUUUUUUGAGUUCAUUUAAUUUUGUCGAUCUUGAAUUUUUCUCGUUGUUAUUUAUUUAAAACUGUCAUGGUAUGUCGCAUUGCGAUAGUAUGGUGAAUAAUAAUUACUCCGGACCAGUGAAUACGUGUAUGGCCAUGUCUGAAAAAGAUAAAGAUGUGCAGAAGAUGAACUCGCCGGCUAUACUAUAUGCCGUGAGAGAAGUUAUAGUGUAGUAUGUAUUCUUUAGUGCAAUUAUUUAUUUAAGGUUACUAUACUAUUUCAGUAUAGUCAUCUCUCACUCUUGCAUUUCUAUACUAUUUUUGUGAAAAUUAACAAUCUAUUGUGAUUUUCAGUUUCAAAAUUUCUCUUUUUUGUUGUGUGCAUUAAUAAAUAAUAAGAUAUUUUCAUGUUAUAUUAUAUUUAAUGGUUGUAUAUUAGUACUCUUUCAUUGAUGAGUCAUAGAACACGCAAAUUACCAAACUAAAUGGUAUGGGAUGGUUCUUGUAUUUAUGUACCAUUCACAAGAAAUUGAAUAAUUCUUACAUCUCUACUUUUCAUUGAUAUUGACAAACAUAUAUACUUUUUGUUACUCCGACUCAUCACCUACACAUGUACGAUCAGUACUGUUAUCACUAUCGAUUGUUUUUCAAAUUCAUUAUUUACCAAUUUCUAGUUUACAAGUCUAAGUCUAUUCUAUAAUUCAUAUUUAUAUAGUAUAGUUUAAUAUUACAUUAUGUACUAUUUUCAGAUUUUGAUAAUUGGAUUUAGGGUUUAUAUUUGGAUUACAGUAAUUAGGGUUUAGGGUUUAACAUUUAGAGGGAAGGGUGAGGUUUAUUAAGGUUAGGCUUUAGUGUUUAGGAGGUCAAGGUUUGGAGUAUAAUUUAGUAUUUCGGAGUUGUGAGUGGAUUUGGAGUCUUAUUCUACUUCAGUGAUAUGAUAUAGAAAAUUCGGAUGCAUAUUUAUGUGGUAAGCAAGUGUGUGGUGUUGGUGGCAUUACAUGACCGUUUAACCCCAUUUGACCCAAUAUUAUUGGCAACUUAAAAAAUAAUAGGGUAAUACCUGAUAAAAUUGGAUCAAAUUGUUAUGGUUUAAUUAUGUUAAAAUCAAUGAUAUAUCCUUAAUUUCUAAUCAGAAUUUGGUUGUUUAGAAAUUCGCCCAAUAAUAAAUCAAACAAGUAAACUAAUUUCGCUCUAAAAUCUUAAUUAUCGAAUCAAUUCAUAGAGAUACGACGCAAGAGAUCUUCAUCAUUACCUGUUUUCUUCAUCGCUUCAAUGAUUUUCUCAAACUGAUAUAUAAUCAAAAAGCAAAUCUGAUUGUAGCGAUCAUUAAGUCAACUUAUGUUUCCACCAUUUGAAUUUGACAAAGAUGAAAACUGAAAAGUCACUUUCUUGCUACUUACGGUAGGUUUAGCGAACCAAUUACGUGUCAGCCAAAUAAGAACAAAUGAGCCGAACAUAAAAAGGCCCAAAAUUAAUACUAAUAGAUCCAUAAAUAAUCAAUCAUACGAGCAAAUUAGUUUCGCGCUCUCCUUCUCUGUUUCUCAGACUCUCUCUCUCUCUAUUUCUUCUCCAAGAACGCCACGAGUCCUUCUUCUUGCUCGGUGAAAGUUUCAGAAAAUGGAUGAUCUUCCCGGUUACUAUUGUGUCAUCGUCCAGGACUGCAUUGAAAGGAACAUGACCAAGGACGAAACUAUGAGAUUUGUAGAGAAUGAGUAUGUAAUCCCAAUUCAAGAUACCAACAGAGUUUGGGAUCAUCUUGAAAGGACGAAUCCAGAUUUAUUCAUAGCAUACCAUGCAAGGAUCCGUGGGCGCAAUGCAAGAAUCCCUCAGCGCGUUGCGAAACCUUCACCACCAGAGGUAACUUCCGCAAGGAGACGUAAAGUGCGUGGGAUUAAGAAAGAAUAUCGUCUAUCUCCUCCUCCUUAUUGUCGCCCUUUGUUGCCUGAUUUAAAUGUUCCUGCUGCAUCACCACAAGAAGCUGCUGCUUAUGCUGAUGCUGUUUUUCCUCCAACUCAAGCGGGACCUUCCAGAGCUGCUAAUGCUAAUGCUUAUCCCAACGACUUUUGGCAGCGGGUUAUGAAUACCUUGGGACAGAUUCAGAGUAAUACACAGCAUUUGGAUACUUUGCGUCACAUUCAGAGCAAUACAGAGCAGGUGGUCAAACUACUGACCGGUGGUGGACAUGGAUUUGGACCACAUCCUUCUGCUGCCGGAUCCUUAAAGAGACAGCGAGCUGAGGAGGCAGAAGAGAGAGGUAAAAACGAAGAAGCAGAGAAGCAGCAGCAGAAAGAGGAAGGUAACGGUGAAGAACUGCAGGAGAAAGAGGAAGGUAACGAUGAAGAACUGCAGAAGAAUGAGGGAUGUGACAAUGUAUAAGCAGAGAAGCUGCAAGAUCAGAAUCUACAAAUGCCACAAUAAUCGCAUGGACGGUUCUUACUUAUUAUAUUAGCAUAGUUUUCUAUUACCAGAGGACACAUACAUGUUGGUAUGAUUGCUUAUGUUCUCAUUGUCAUUCUACACGCACUUUAAAAAACAUUGGGGAGCAAAAAAUUUCAGUUUACUUGUUGUUGUUGGGCUCUCUCGAGGCUUUUGUGUUGUUGAGAAGAGAUACAAACAUGUAACAAAUUAAAGAACAUAUAUUCAUUCUUUCAAACUUCGAUCCAUUUAUUUGUGUGGCAUAAUAUAGCCCAAAAAAGAAGAAGAAGCACAAGUGUUUCUGAUGCAAAAGCCCAUAAAAAUGAUGAUCUAAUGAGUAGGAACCAUGAAGCCUAGAGACUUGUUGAGCAUAUCUAUUAUACUAAACAUUUAACAAGUUAGGCCCAGGCUUUCUAUUAGCAUAGGAAGGUACAUAUUUGUAUAAGAUAUUUAAGAAAGUUUCUAUGCGAAUACCUUUCCACUUCCCACCUUCAGCUGCAGAGUAAAGACAGCACAGUAGGAAAAUAAAAGCUGGAAUUUGAUCCUAUAAGUGGAAGCACUUACAUCUGCUUCCUGUUAUAUACUAACAUCUUUACAAACUUUACCAAUAAUAAACAGUCACUUUCUUGCUAUUUACAUCAGCUCAAAAAAGGAUAAAUAGGCUAGAAAGGCCCAAAACAGCAGUCUAACAGAUUAGUAUUAAAAAGACUAAUGUAGGUUUAAUAUUAAACCUAAAGAUUAACGUAGUAGUCAUUAAGUCAAGUUUUUCUUCCACCAUUUGAAUUUGCCGGGGUAAAAGUUACUUUCUUGCUGUUUACGGUAGGUUACAUGAAUUAAUUAUGUGUCAGCCCAAUAACAACAAAUGAGCCACACUAAGAAGGCUCAAAAUAAUGAUUGUUUAAAAGUCCAUAAAUAAUCAAUUAAACAAGCAAAUUAAAUCCCUCUCUCCAUCUUGUUUCCGUUAAACCACUUUCACUAAUUGUUUAUCUCUCUCUCUCUUUCUUCUCCAAGAACGCCAACUCAGAGAGAGAGGGGUCUCUUGACUUGUGAAAGUUUCAGAAAAUGGUAGGUCUUCCUUUUCCUGGCGGUACUCCGAGAGAGGAACUCCAUAAACACGUAAGAUUUGAUCGAUCCAAGAAUCUCCAUAGGGUUUGUUUAUGAACCCUUUCCC